GCCAAAGAGCACGCCCACGCCCAACAGUCGCAGAGCCAGGAACCACCAGAGCAGCGCCUCCUCCAGCCGCGGAGGAGGUGGAGCCGUGGAGGAGAACUCCGGCGGCGGCGAGGAGGAGGAGGAGGGGCAGGACGACGACGAGCUGGAGCUGGGGCUCUGCCUCGGCUCCAAGAAGCAGCAGCCCCCGUCGGCAGCGCCGUGCCGGAUCCUCACGGACCGGGACCUGCAGCCGGGGGUCUCCGGAUUCCUCCGUGUCCUCCCAAACGGCGGCAGGACGGCAGGUCCAGGUGCCGCGGCGCCCAGUAACAAGGCCAAGGCGGAUGCGGCGCCCAACGCCACCACCUCGCCGGGGGCCGGGGACGAUCGCUUCUGGCCACCCAGAGAGAUCUGCAACUGCAACCGCCAACAUUUUCUUGACAAGAAAACUUUGGAGUUUGGAGUGGUGGGAUGGCCACCCAUAAGAACUUUCAGGAUGAACAGCGUAUUUAACCAGGCCAAAGAAAAUGCCUCAGAGGCUGGCACCAAGAAGCCCGCUGAUGAAUCUGGCAUGCAGAAAGACAGAGGAGAGCAAGAAAGGACGGUUGGGGUGAAGGUGAACGUGGAAGGAGAUAUCAUUGGAAGGAAGGUGGAUCUCAACGCCCAUCAGUCCUAUAAGACCCUUGCUUCAGCACUUGAGCUCAUGUUCAUGAAACCAUCCAUCGGUCUUUGUACUUCUACUCAUCGGAAUAUCAGCUCACCUAUGAGGACAGGGAUGGGGACUGGAUGCUUGUUGGAGAUGUUCCCUGAGGAUGUUUGUAGGUUCAGUGAAGAUGCUCAAGAUCAUGAGGAUCUCUACAACACUCCUUUCAAGAGGUACACAGUGCAGGCUCAGCUAAGUUGA